AUGGCUCUCUCUCGUGCCAUCAUCCUUGCUCUACUCGCUGCUACCUUCUUUCCAGCCAUUUCCAUGGCAGAAGAUUUCACAGUUGGAGAUGAAAUGGGUUGGACAGUGGGGUUCGAUUAUCAAUCCUGGAGUGCAAACAAGGUCUUCCGCGUUGGAGACAGGCUCAUAUUCAAGUAUGGUGCAGGAGAGCACAAUGUGUUCGUGGUGACCGGAACAGACUUCAGGAACUGUAGUGUUCCCGCAGCAAGUCAGGGAUUAACCACAGGAGAGGAUGUGAUUGUGUUGGAAACUCCAGGCAGACAAUGGUACUUAUGUGGGGUUGGGGAUCACUGCCAAAAUGGGCAAAAGCUUUUCGUAAAUGUUUUGCCUUCUGAAACAGAGGCUCCAUCUCCUUCACCUCUAUCAUCUGUCUUGCCCAUAACUGCUACUCCGUCUUCAGCUCCAGCUCCAGCUCCGUGGUCUCCUCCUUCCUCAUCUCUGCUUGCCAAAUAUAGAUGGCUUCCCAGGAAGAUGAUUACAAUAUUUCACCACUAA